AUGAAGCAGGCAGCAGUUCAUGCCAAGGCUGAGUACUUCAACUCCAAGCGUGGCACGGCCACCUCGGCACAUCAUCCUUUCGCUGAUCCCCCACUUGCUUCAGCACCCAACUCAGCCCUGCCUCAACAUUCUACUCCCGCCCCAAGUACCCAGGGUACCCAGCACCCCAAGCGGAAGGAUAACUACCAGCAUACCUUCAACAAUAGCAAGCGGGGCAGACAUAGCAACCACCACCAGUCCAGUAGGGGCAACCCACACAGGGCAGGUGAUUGGGCUCCACUCCUCUUCUCACCCAAGCCUAGGUUCGAGGUCUUCACCACCUUGAACACUACCUACGAGAAUGUCCUAGUGCACGAGGCACCUAUCAUACCCAAGCCUCCCCCCCGAAGACUAGGCGGCAAGCCCAUGCCCAACACGGGUGUCUUCUGUCGCUUUCAUCAGUUCGGUGGACACGUGAGGGGAAACUGGAUAAAUACAUGCACAAUCUCCCACCCCCACCUAACCCUCACCAACGGCAGAUCAACAUGA